AUGGCUGUCAAGGAGAUUUGUGUUUGGAAAUGGCUCAUUUUAGGCCUUUUCUUCUGUGUAAAUGGCGCAACAGCAGGACCAUUUUUCAUAGUAACGUUUCCUGUAGUGAUUGAGUCCGGCUCUCAGCCCAAACUUUGUGUUAGUCUUUACAAGCCAAAUGAGACCCUUUCAAUGAGGAUUUAUCUGGUUAAUGAGGACCUGAAUACGGUGCUGUUUGAGAUUAAAACUAAGAUUGGAUUUCAUCACUGCCUUAACUUCCAGGCUCCACUGGUUGUGGGAGAAUCAGUGCAAAAAAUAAAGACCAUAAUUCAGGGGAGGUCUUUUAACGUGGCUGAGGAGAGAAAAGUCCUUUUGAAAAGUUUCGGCAAUUUGACGUUCAUCCAAACGGAUAAACCCAUCUAUAAUCCAGGACAGACAGUGUUCUUCAGAGUUGUAACCAUGGAUGACAAUUUUGUGCCUCUUGAUCAAAUGUACAGUAUGGUUGUGGUGGAGGACAGUAAGAAUAACAGGAUUGGUCAGUGGACAAAUGUUUCUUCCUCAAAGUGGAUAUUGCAGCUUUCUCAUGAAUUAAACCCAGAAGCUCAACUAGGCAUGUACACGCUGAUGGCUUUUAUUGGAGACCAGAUUUUUAAAUGGCCUUUUGAGGUGAAAAAGUAUGUUUUACCCAAGUUUGACAUCACUGUGAAAGUGCCACAGACACAGAGUGUUGGUGAAGUUGAGCUUAAGAUUGAGGUUUGUGGAAGGUACACAUAUGAACAACCUGUUCCUGGUAAAGCAUGGGUUCAGGUGUGCCGUAAUCCUUUUCAGCUCAGAACAGAAAUUGGGAUGAUUCCUCUGUGCUCUGAUAAAACUGGUUUGAUGAAUGAGACCGGUUGUGCCUCCAUUAUCUUCAGUACAUCUGCCUUCCUGAGCUCCAGAUUUGAGAGCUCUCUGCAAGAUUCACUCCUAGUAAAUGCAAGUGUAACUGAAGAAGGAACGGAUAUAGUCCAGACAAAAUCUGAAACUAUAUUCUUAACGUAUGAAAUUGGAAGGGUCAUAUUUAUGGAGAUCCCUAAUAUCUUUACACGUGGAUCAGUUCUAGAGGGAAAGGUCAGAGUUACCAGUUUCAGUGGGAUGCCAAUUCCAGGCAAAGCUGUAUAUAUCUUGGGACAUUGGAGCUGGCCCCCAAUAGAGCUCAAGAGCCUCAAAACGGACCGCAAUGGACUGGCAUCCUUCUCCAUCAGUACUACCAGUUUUCCCAACAAUGAUGUUUUUCUGACGGCUAGCGUUACUCCAGAUAAUGUUAAUGGCUACAAAGAGGCAUACUUCACUUCAGCAGAGAAAACUGUUCAGCUUUUUCAAAAUUCUGCUUCCACUGCUCCAACAAUGAGUACACUUACUAUAGUGGAGCUGAAGCAACCAUUGAAGUGUGGUGUGUCAUUUCCAGUCACCUUAAAAUAUUCUUUUGUUGGAGAGACCUUUGACGGUGUCUACAGCACAGACAUUGUCUACAUGGUCUUGUCCAAAGGAGUGAUUGUUAAACAUGGAUACGAGACUAUUCAAGUGACUGCUUCUAAUGCAGUGUUGAGUGGCACGGUGUCUUUCAUGCUCUCUGUAGGACCAAAUCUCGCUCCAGUAGUGCAAAUUCUGGCAUACUGCGUUCUACCUAGUGAAAGUGUAGUUGCUGAUGGCAAACAUGUUGACACCGAAAACUGUUUAAGAACCCAGGUGUCUGUGCUGUUCUCCCCUGAUAAAGCGGUUCCAGGAGAGAAGAACACCAUAAAACUCUCUGCUGAACCUGGUUCGGUUUGUUGCCUUAGUGCUGUGGAUCAGAGUGUAUUAAUUUUGGAGCCAGGGAGACGUUUGACUGCUGAAGCGAUCUUCAAUUUGCUGCCAGUCCAGACACUCUCUGGUUACCCUUUUGACGUAGAGGAUGAACCAGAAUGUCCGCCUAUUGUACCCUGGCUGCCUAUUAUACCUGUUCUUGCUUCUGCACGCCGGAGCAUUUUGCCUAUUCCAAGACCCCAGGGCAAUACCCAGGCUUAUUACACCUUAAAGAAUAUGGGGCUGAAGAUUGUAACCAAUUUGGCUGCUCUAAAACCACAGUGCAACCUUGAGGAAGUGACGUUUCGUCCUGGUGUCAUGGCAAUUGCUGCUGCUGAACCACCAAGACGGACUGUAGGCUCAGCUAAUUCACCUAAAGUGACCAUACGGAAAGUGUUUCCACAGACGUGGCUAUGGCAACUUAAUGAUGUGGGGGCUUCUGGAACAGCUCUGGUUAAUGUCAAGGUUCCUGACACCAUUACCACUUGGGUGAUGGAGGUUUUCUGCCUGUCCCCCAAAGGUCUGGGUCUGGCUCUCCCUGCUCAGCUGACUGUUUUCCAGCCCUUCUUCCUGGAGCUCUCUCUACCUUACUCGAUCAUCCGUGGUGAGAGCUUUGAGCUGAAGGCCACUGUCUUCAACUAUUUGUCCAAGUGCAUCAUGGUCACAGCAACUCCAGCAGCUUCCUCAAACUACACUCUUCAAGCCAACUCUCCUCUAUAUUCCUCCUGUCUCUGUGCGAAUGGGCGGAAGACCUUUAAAUGGACACUUGUUCCCCUUGUUGUUGGAGUGCUGAAUGUGACUAUUAGCGCACAGGCCGUGAAGUCUCCAGCUCGGUGUGGCAAUGAGCCUGUGACUGUGCCACAGAGAGGACGCAUUGAUGUAGUCACUCGAAGUCUACUUGUACAGGCUGAAGGUGUUGAAAGGACAAAAACCUACAGUUGGUUGCUGUGUCCACAGGAAAGCAGUGUCUUGGAACAGGUGACUCUGACUGUACCUGCAAAUGUAAUAAGUGGAUCCACCAGAUGUUCGGUUUCAGUUGUUGGGGACAUAUUGGGCCGUGCAUUAAAGAAUCUUGAUGGACUGGUACAGCAGCCAUCUGGCUGUGGAGAACAGAACGCUGCUAUAUUUUGUCCCAUUAUUUAUGUUCUUGGCUACCUGGCGUCUAUGGAACAGCUUACCACUGUCAGCAGAGAGACGGCCCUUAACUUCCUAAGGAUUGGAUACCAGAGAGAACUGAACUACAAACAUCCCGAUGGUUCAUACAGUGCAUUCGGUACUGGACUAGGGAAUACAUGGUUGACGUCAUUUGUUCUGAGGUGUUUUGGCAAAGCACAGAUGUACAUAUAUAUUGAUCCAGAUGUCAUUCGUAAUGCAACAAACUGGUUAGUAAGUAAACAAGGUCCAGAUGGUUGUUUUGCGGAAGAAGGAUUUCUUUACCACAACGAAAUGAAGGGUGGUGUAGAUGAUGAUGUAACAAUGACCGCUUACAUUAUGAUAACUUUGCUUGAACUGCAAACUCCAGUCUCUGAUCCAGUAGUUGACAGGGGUUUGUCCUGCUUGAGGCCGGUCAUUGGGAAUGUAAUGAACACUUACACCACUGCUCUGCUUGCCUACACUUUCAGCCUUGCUGGAGAGACAAACACUCGACAGACUCUCUUAACAAAGUUGGACAGUGUUGCCAUUACAAGUGGAGGUCUUCACUGGUCUCAGAUGGUGUCUGGCACCAAAACGACUGGUUCUUUGGCAGUGGAGAUCAGCUCGUAUGUGCUGCUAGCUGUUCUCACUGUAAAUCCACUCUCUGCAGUAGACCUGGGCUAUGCUAACCAGAUUGUACACUGGCUUGUGCAGCAGCAGAAUCCCUAUGGCGGGUUCUCCUCCACACAGGACACAGUGGUGGCCCUUCAGGCUCUGUCUGUGUACGCCAGAGUGUUCCACUCCAGUGGUUCCAGCACAGUGACUGUCUCGUCAGUGGCAGAAACUUACCAAUUUGUUGUGAAUAAGACUAACAAGCUACUGUAUCAGGAGAAGCCACUGAAAAACAUUCCAGGCAAAUAUACUAUUGACGUGAAGGGCUCUGCUUGUGUGUCUGUGCAGAUCGCCUUGUUCUACAACAUCCCAGCACCUGUUCAGAACACCAACUCAUUGAGUGUUGAAGCUAAGGUCACUGGUGACUGCCUUGCAAAACUGAUGCUGAGCUUCACUGUCAAAUACAGUGGGACACGAGCAAGUACCAACAUGGUAAUGGUGGAUAUUAAACUCCUAUCGGGGUUCACAGCAGACCCCUCAACGGUUGGUUUGAAUUCCAAUUCAUUUGUGCCAAUCGUGGAGCGUGUUGAUUAUGACGAUGAUCAUGUCCUAGUGUAUUUGAGAGCGGUUCCGAAAGAUAUUCCCCUGAGCUUCAGUGUACAACUAACAAGAGCUUUCCAAGUGAAGAAUGUCAGGCCAGCUGUGAUCAAAGUCUAUGACUACUAUGAACCAAGUAACCAGUCUGAGACUACUUACUCCUCCCCCUGUGCAUGA